AUGUCGCUUUUUGCUGAUGAUACGGCAGUUUUUACAUAUUCGACAAAUUUCGAACAAGCAGCUAUGAUCCUCCAAAGCGCGCUGAAUUUCCUUCAGGAGUGCUUCCUAAAAUGGAAGACCAAAUCGAAUCCUAGAAAAACACUAUUGGUUGUACUCGGAAGGGAGCGGAGGCCUUCCAGAACCAGAAUAGUCCUGGAUGGCCAUGAGUUAGAGUGGUCUUCACAAGUUAUACCUAGACGAAGUAAAUUGGGUUUGAGACAAAAAUUGAAUAUUUAUAUCAUGGCUAUCAGGCCAAUUUCACUGUAUGCCUCAGUAGUCUGGGGCCACACAGCUAAAUCUCAUAUCACCAGAUUACAAACAUUACAAAAUAAAAUCACGAGCUCCCUUCAAUCGUGUCAGUCAUUGAAGAACGAAACAUCAAGACUUUCGAAAAAGCUGAAGUUCAGGAGAAUCAGCUUCUCCGGAAUGCAGUUGAUCAUGACCCAGAUGGGCUGUUCGCAACUCUUCCGUCUGAAUCAAAUAAAAGAAAGAUCCACUACUCGUGCAGCGCCCUCUAUCGAAGCCUGUCCGCCCGACAGCGUCCUCUCGGCCGAUGUCUGCAAGUGCGAUCCCUCGCUCUGCAGGAAACCGCCCUGCCCGACCGAAUUACGACAAGCCACGAACGCUUCCGAGGUGCCCGGGCAAUGUUGCCCGACUUACGAGUGCUCGGGGUGCAAGAAAGAAGAGGAGAUAGCAGGCAAGUGCCCUUGCGCGCCGGGAGCGGUCAUAGAAGGGGAUGAUUGUGUGUGCGUCGACAGGGAGAAGCGGCUGGUGGACGGGAAGUGCUUAUGCAAUUUUCUACAGUGCCCUCUACCCCAGAUCUGUGACAAAAAAUCUGUAGCUGUCACAGUGACAGGAGAGUGCUGUAAUACAGUUAUUUGCAAGCCAUGUCCCUUCGAUAGCGAAUCGACAAAUCUCGAAACAGAUGAAUUGGAGGAUCAUUGCGUUUGUCUUCCCUGCAAGACUGAUUGUGGGAACAACAGAACGGCUGUUAUAAAGAAGCAUGGCAGCGGUUUUCCGGGCAACUGUUGUGACCUCUACGAGUGCAAGAAGCCCGAAUCAGUCCAGGGCUGUAUCAUCGGAGACGUUUUCUACGAAAACGGCAAAGAAUGGCAGACAGAAGACCUGCAGAUCUGCAGGUGUAACAACGGCCUAUCGUUGUGCUCGAAAACCAAAGACAAAGAGGCACAAUCCUGCUUCGUGGACAACAAAUUGUACAAGGAUAACGAGAAGUGGACCAAAGAGGACGGAUGCACUGAAUGUACUUGCAAAGACGGUUUGGAACAGUGCAUAUCGCACUUUUGCGACGUCAAAGAGACCCACAUCCAGAAGAACCACUCCUGCUUCCGGCAGGACCGCAUCUAUCAGCCGUCCGAAACCUGGUUAGAAAAGGACGGCUGCACCAAGUGCACAUGCGCGAACGGCACCGAGCAGUGUGUCAGCUCCCUCUGCGAUCCUACUACCACGAUGAAAACGAACGAGUGCCAGCCAUUGGCGAAUUGUAAUACCACGUGUUCGCACGGCUACAAGAUCAACAAGAAGGGCUGCGAGGUUUGCAGGUGCAGCAACGGAAAAAUUUCCCAGGACUUGCUGAUCAAGUACAACAUAUCGCUGACCGAGCUGAUCAAGAUCCUGGACGAUUUCAGGAGUAGAAAAACGUCCACUGUGGCGCCCGAGACCAGUACCAGGGCUGCCGUUACGGUGGAUGGUGUUGUUGACAGGUUCGGUGGGGCCUCGACCACCACCGAGCCUUCGGUGGUGCCGACUGAUGAUGGCAGAGAAUCCUGGGUCUACAUAGCGAUCGCAGUCCUCGCCUUCGGAAUUUUCAUCAUCGCCAUAUCGAUAAUGUGCAUAUACAAGAGCAGAAGAAAAAGCAGCAUAGAUCUCACUCACUGUCAAUACCACACGGUGAACAAUCUCAACAACAACACCAUCAAGAAGACGGACCAGCUGCUGUGAGCCCCUAAUAGGGGCGUCGUAACUUUUGUGAUAUCUCAUGCAACAAAUUAGGGUUCCGAACGUUAUGUUGUGUUAUUUUUAUUUUUUAAAUCGCGACUGUUAUGAUAUGAAGAAUGUUAAUUUAUUUUUAUAAUGUGACAUGUUGGAAGUGUGACCAUGUUUUCGAGGGUAAUCGAUUUCUUCACUAACGUCUGUAUACAGGGUGUUAUUGAAACCGUGUUCAGAAUGUGACAAUGGAAUUUGUUUUGCCAUUCCAAUGACAUUCUGUAUUUGUACAGGGUGAUACAUUUGGAGAUGUAGCGGUAAUUUUGGUGGAGUACGAAAUUAUUGUACUGGGUUGAUGAAGAAAAUGUUGCCAGGAUGAUCGCGAAUGGGAAAUUUAAAUGGAUCACCUUGUGCUGGCUGAUUCUUUUGAAUGAAACACGGAACUCAAAGUCAGAUAGUUGAGAUCUUCCUAGGAAUUCGAAUAUGGAAUGACAAUACUAGAGAAAUGUGACCUAAAACUUCUCACUGCUUCUCACAGCAAUUUUUUGUGCCAGAUAAUUUCACCAAAGUUGAAUUUUCAAUAAUUAAUAAUAAUACUCUGGAUCAUGUAAUUUCACUCUUCUUGAAUCAAUUAACAAGAAACGGUGUACACGAAAUUUUAAAAAAAUAUACAGUCUGUCCAAGAUAAGGUUUCCGAGAUCCUGUGCAACCAUAUCUUGGACAGACUAUUCCGAAUGAUAGAUACUGAAUUCCAAAGUUUUCCUGUAAUUUUUUUGAGGUUGACAAGCCUUUUCUUUCGGUGAAAUCAGAAGCACUGGAAGUAUGAAUGCCUGCAGGACAGUCAAUAAUAGUAGGAAAAUGUGGUAAGGUGGAAAAGUAUAUUCUCCAAAAAAAAUUAUUUGAUUUUCGACUCCUGGAGAAUUGUUCUUACUGGAUUCAGAUUCCUUGGUAGGUUUUCUUGCUAUUUAAUUUUCUGCAUUUCCGAUCCAAUUCAGAAAUUGACGAAUCGUUUAUAUUUUAUAAGGAUCCUGUAUUUUCGACUCGGUUUUCUAGUUUCCAUUAGAAAUAACUUGAGCUUUUCCUGAAUCCUACUUUAUUGUACGAAGGCGCAGAAAUUUUUCUUACUAAAAAAAAAUAAUUGCAAAAUGAUUCAAUCAAGCUAAUUGCAAAUUGCAGUUGAAUCUUAAUAUCAGUUUGAUCAACAGAAAUUUUUUGCAAUUAGUUUUAUUGAUGAAAUAUUUUUGCAUUGCCGCUUCGUACUGUUGAGCCCUAUUUUUUUCCUCUUUCUUCGAAAUUUCAAUGAAUUCAUUCUACAUAAUUUCAAGCUCUCAUCCAUACAGGGUGCGCGAAACUCAAUGACUUCAUUCUAUAUUGUAUGAAUAGGAAGAACGAUAAAAAAAUAAAAGGAGUUCCUCAAUGGAAUUGAGUAAAGUCCGUUACAAGUUCAAGCCAAAUUCGCAUAUUUUCCAGGUUUUUGAGAAUUAAAGAAGUUAAUUGAAAAACCUAUAUUCCGGAAUAUUUUGAAAGACCUGAUUUUUCCGAUUCUUCUUUCGUUGAAAAUCCAAAACUUUCGGGUUUUACCAGAAAGAAAUAAAUUAUUCAAUAAAUACUUGAUAUUUUUCUUCCUCAUUAUUUUAUUUGAUGGUUUGAAAUGUGCCAUACUCAAAUGCCAUUCGAAAACCUGAGUUCAGAUAUUUUCUAUCAUAUUUCUUCUUGUUGUAAUGGAUAUGAGGCAUCGAGUUCUGCACACCCUGUAGAAAACACUAUCCCCCUCUAUCGGUAGUCAGGGUAUAUGUUAUGCCAGUAUAAUUUUAUAAUCAUGAUUGUUUACCCGUCAUAUACAAAGUUGGUGAUGUUGUCAUGAAUACUAUAGAAUUUUGUUAUACAAUUGGGAAAUUAAUAAAAAUCCUUCAAUGUCAGACUGAAAUUUAAAAAGUAUAUAAUUUCGUUAUUGAACUACUACAUUAGCUGCAUUAGGUGAGAACCAGUCCAAUAUGUCCAUAGACAAAAACAUGGUCCUUCGAGCCGGAUUAUGUAGGUUUUUGCCUACAGAAAUAUGGGGCUGGUUACCACUUGAUACAGCUAGUGCAGUAGUUCAAUAACGAAAUUAUAAAUUUUCGAUAUUUUAGUCUGAUAUCAAAGUUUCUUUAUUGAUUUCUCAAUAGUAUAACAAAAUUCUAUAGUAUUCAUGAUAACAUCACGAAUUGUUUACAUAAAGGGUGAACAAUUAUAGUUAUGGAAUUAUACAAUUUCUGAUGACUAAAUUGAAAAAAAAAUCCAACAGUACUCCUUGUUUCGUGUUUCGAGAUCUCAUAAAAAAAUAAAAUGUGCUUAGUACUAUUUAAUUUCACACACGGUAUGGUGUGAAUAAAAGGAAGAAAUUCAUCAUCAAUGAUGAAUAUAUUCCUUUCAUUCGCUUUGCUGCACAUUUGCAAAUAACAAUGAUCAUGUUCUAAUUCCUUCAUAUAUACAGUGUGUCCUAUUAUGAGCAUAUAUUUAUAAUCAUAAAAUCUCUCAAAAUAAAACACAUCCAUAAUAAUACUGCUGUUAGAAAUGUAUUCGAAAUGUGAUAAGUUUUUUCCCCAUACUUCAACUCUAACCCAUACGAUAAUGAUGUAGUGAGUGUUCCUAUAACUGAGACUUUAGUUUAGAGGAUAAUAUGUUGAUAGUUAAUUUAUCAUUAGUUGAUGACAGGCUCAAUGUGCCUGACGAAAUUUGUUUUACAGUAUUCGACGAGUAUUUUUUUUUAUAGUUGUUCUGCUUUAAAUUUUUUUGAUAUUUACUGUUAUAGUGAUUAUUGCUUGUUUGAUUUCCUGUCUGUAGCAUUGUUACUCUGAAAGUGAUUUAAGAUUUUAAGCCUUAGGACUACUAAAAUAGUAGAAUAGGUCAAGUUAAUAUAGCUAGAUACUUAGGAGUAUGUAUAGGUAUAAUAUUUAUUUCAAAUGUAUCUUGUAUAAGAAUAUAGUGUACAUAAUAAAUUAAUAGAGAUCU